AUGGCGGUUCAUUGCGCUCCGCUGCGGAUUGCAACGGUUGCAACGAUCGUUGCAGUUGCACUAGGCAGUUUCCAAGACACUCUGCCCCAUUGGCACAAUCUGUUACAUAUAAGGGGUGAUCUACAGCCUCCGGCUGGGUACGUGUCGAACCGCUCGGAAGCCCUACGUUUUCGCACACGCGUUGAUCAUUUCAACGCGCAGAACAGGGACACAUUCGAGUUCAGCUACCUUUCGAACGAUGAACACUAUCGUCCUGGUGGGCCGAUCUUCAUCGUCGUCGGAACAAACACCGUCCUAAAUGGGUACUUCAUCGAAAACGGGCUGUUUCACGACAUCGCUCGUUCUGAGGGUGCCUGGUUAUUUUGCAACGAACACCGCUACUAUGGACGCAGCUCCCCGGUAGAGAACUUUUCCACACCCAACAUGCGGUUCCUGACCGUUGAACAAGCCCUGACGGACCUCAUCGAGUGGAUCGACUACCUGCGCCGGGAAGUGGUUCGAGACCCAAACGCCCGAGUCAUUCUACACGGACUCGGUUACGGUGGAGCAAUCGCAACUUGGGCCCGUCAACGCUUUCCAAGCCUUAUUGACGGAGCCUGGGGUUCGACUGCGUCCGUUGUCGCGCGCGUCAACUUCAACGAGUAUGGCGAGGACAUGGGUGAUACAAUCCGCGAGCUUGGAGACGACGAUUGCUAUGGUAUCGUGUGGCGCGGAUUCCGCACCGCCGAGAACCUCGUCGAUGCCGGGAUGUAUGGACGUCUAUCGGAGAUGUUCCGCUCAUGCGUGCCUUUGAGCGGUGUCGAUCUACUGAUGGUAGAGACGUUCUUCUACAUGCUGAAGAGCUCGUUGGAAGCAGAGAUGUUUGGUCAGGCAAACCCGGCAUCGGUGCGGCAAAUGUGUGCCGAAUUGACCGCUGAUCCAGCCGACACGGCACUCGAGGUUUUGGCGAACUUUUUCCAUCGUCGAUAUGCCGUGCUGGAUUGUGUGCCGUUCGACUUCGAGAGUAGUGUUGUCAGUGCUCUGAUCGAGCAACCAGACGCCGUGGAGAACGCUGAGUACGGUAUACGGGCUCGGAUGUAUCAACUCUGCACCGAGUUUGGCUGGUUCCUGACGUCAGCCUCAGGUGACAGCCCAUUCGGUACACGUAUCACCUAUCGAUACUUUAUCGAGACAUGCCGUUCCGUGUUUGGUGACUGGAUAGAUCAAGAAGUAGUGUACGAAGGUGUCCGGCUAACGAAUUUGGGCUUUGGUGCGGAUGAUCCACGUGUUACCAACGUGUUGUAUGUUAACGCCCAGUACGACCCGACACGGCUUGUCUCUAUUACGAGCUAUUCGAAUUUGCAGGCAAACGCGUUUGUCAUCGAUGGUGCCGUCGUGGCCCUUGACUGGAUGGCAGAUAGUGAUUUUGAUUCGGAUGAUUUACGGCGCGUUAGACGCGAAAUCGAGACGUACGUUCGCGGCUGGGUCGAUGGUGGUUUGAUAGGAUCAUGA